AUGAAGCCGCUGGAGAAAUUUUUGAAGAAGCAAACAUCGCAGCUGGCGGGACGGACGGUGGCGGGAGGUCCUGGCGGGGGUCCGGGGAGCUGCGGCGGGCCUGGAGGGGGUGGGGGACCUGGCGGGGGCGGCGGUCCAGCCGGGGGACCGCGGCCGCUGCAGCGGCGUCAGAGUGUGUCUCGCCUGCUGCUCCCAGCUUUCCUCCGGGAGCCCCCAGCCGAGCCAGGGCUGGAACCGCCCGCUGAGGAAGAAGGGGGAGAGCCCGCGGGGGUCGCAGAGGAGCCGGUCAGCGGGGGACCCUGUUGGCUACAGCUAGAGGAGGUGCCAGGGCCAGGGUCGCUCGGGGGCGGGGGACCCCUGCGCUCCCCUUCUUCGUACUCCUCAGAUGAACUGUCCCCAGGCGAGCCCCUCACUUCACCGCCCUGGGCGCCCCUGGGUGCUCCUGAGCUGCCGGAGCAUCUUCUGAACCGGGUUCUGGAACGGCUGGCUGGAGGGGCCACCAGGGACAGCGGCGCCUCAGAUAUCUUGCUUGAUGACAUCGUCCUUACCCACUCCCUCUUCCUCCCAACGGAGAAAUUUCUACAGGAACUACAUCAGUACUUUGUUCGGGCAGGGGUCCUGGAGGGCCCUGAGGGGCUAGGCCGGAAGCAGGCCUGUCUAGCCAUGCUACUCCAUUUCUUGGACACCUACCAAGGGCUGCUGCAGGAGGAAGAGGGGGCCGGCCACAUCAUCAAGGACCUCUACCUGCUGAUUAUGAAGGAUGAAUCCCUUUACCAAGACCUCCGAGAGGAAACACUGAGGCUGCACCAGCUUGUGGAGACAGUGGAGCUGAAGAUCCCAGAGGAGAGCCAGCCACCCAGCAAGCAGGUAAAGCCACUCUUCCGCCAUUUCCGUCGGAUAGAUUCCUGUCUCCAGACCCGAGUGGCUUUUCGGGGCUCAGAUGAGAUCUUCUGCCGAGUCUACAUGCCUGACCACUCUUACGUGACCAUACGUAGCCGUCUCUCAGCAUCUGUGCAGGACAUUCUGGGCUCUGUGACAGAGAAGCUGCAGUAUUCAGAGGAGCCCGCAGGGCGUGAGGAUUCCCUCAUUCUGGUAGCUGUGGCUUCCUCAGGAGAGAAGGUCCUUCUCCAGCCUACUGAGGACUGUGUUUUCACCACACUGGGCAUCAACAGCCACCUGUUUGCCUGUACUCGGGACAGUUAUGAGGCCCUGGUACCCCUCCCUGAAGAGAUCCAGGUCUCCCCUGGAGACACAGAGAUCCACCGAGUGGAGCCGGAGGACGUUGCCAACCACCUUACUGCCUUCCAUUGGGAGUUAUUCCGAUGUGUGCAUGAGCUGGAGUUCGUGGACUACGUGUUCCACGGGGAGCGCGGUCGCCGGGAGACCGCCAACUUGGAGCUGCUGCUGCAGCGGUGCAGCGAGGUCACGCACUGGGUGGCUACGGAGGUGCUGCUCUGUGAGGCCCCGGGCAAGCGCGCGCAGCUGCUCAAGAAGUUCAUCAAAAUCGCAGCCAUCUGCAAGCAGAACCAGGACCUGCUGUCCUUCUACGCUGUGGUCAUGGGGCUGGACAACGCCGCCGUGAGCCGCCUGCGGCUCACCUGGGAGAAGCUGCCAGGGAAAUUCAAGAACUUGUUCCGCAAAUUUGAGAACCUGACAGAUCCUUGCAGGAACCACAAAAGCUAUCGAGAAGUGAUCUCCAAAAUGAAGCCCCCUGUGAUUCCCUUCGUACCUCUGAUCCUCAAAGACCUGACAUUCCUACACGAGGGGAGUAAGACCCUCAUAGAUGGCUUGGUGAACAUUGAGAAGCUGCAUUCAGUGGCCGAGAAAGUGAGGACAAUCCGUAAAUACCGGAGCCGGCCCCUCUGCCUGGACAUGGAGGCCUCCCCUCACCACCUGCAGACAAAGGCCUAUGUGCGCCAGUUCCAGGUCAUCGACAACCAGAACCUCCUCUUCGAGCUCUCCUACAAGCUGGAGGCUAAUAGUCAGUGAAAAUGGAGGGGCUGGGCUGCCCCCACCAGAGUCCUUGGCACCUGGCACUCAAGCACUUUGCACAAUGUCCCAACAAAUGCACAUGGAAUAUAUUUCCCCUGGAGCAACUUCCUGCCCCAUGGGGAAGAGUCAGAUGGACUUACCUGGAUU